AUGGGUUCAGAAACUCAGGACAAUAUGUUCAAGCCAUAUGACCAGUUCAUCCUCUUCGGAGACUCCAUCACGCAGAUGGCCUGCAACCAAGAACUAGGCUUCGCUUUUCACGCCGCACUCCAAGAAUCCUACAGUCGGAGACUAGACGUGGUCAACCGUGGUCUCGCCGGAUAUACCACCGCACAUGCCAUCAAAGUUUUUGACAGAUUCUUCCCCAGCCCAGAAACAGCCACCGUGCGCUUCAUGACCGUCUUCUUCGGCGCCAACGAUGCAUGUGUCCCAGGCCACAGCCAGCAUGUGCCUGUGGAGACAUACAAGGAGAAUCUGAAAACUAUCAUCCAGCACCCAGCAACCCGCGCACAGAACCCGCGCAUCAUCUUGAUCAGCCCGCCGCCCAUCAAUGAGUAUCAGCUGGAGAGCUUUGAUGCUGCAAAAGAGACUCCGCACCCGAGCAGAACGGCUAGUGGGACCAGGCAGUAUGCUGACGCUGCGCGGGAAGUUGGUGCUUUACUCAAUGUCCCUGUGGCGGAUCUUUGGACAGCAUUUAUGAAAACUACCGGGUGGAAAGAGGGACAGUCUUUGGUUGGGUCUCGCGAUGCUCCGAAUUCUGAAAUACUUUCGGGUCUUCUUACCGAUGGAUUGCAUUUGACUCCUGCUGGUUAUCGUAUUGUUUAUGAUGAAGUCAUGAAGGCGAUUGAGGCUAAUUGGCCAGAUCAGUUGCCGGAUAACCUUCCGAUGGUGUUCCCGUCAUACGACCCCGAUAACCUUUCCUCCUCCGGACUUCUUCUUCUCAUCACCCUACCGGCGAUGGAUGCCCAGUAUCCUUUCGCCUCCCGGGACGAUAUUUGGCGCGUCUUUGAAGAGCUAAAGGACCUUCAAAUCUCUCAUAUUGCGCAAGGCGAACGACUCGCUCAGUUGGAGCGCCGGCGAGACGAGGAUGCACGCUCACUCCAGUCCACCACUUACCAAUCCUCCUCUGCAGACUCUGCCUUUCACUCUCCCCCCGACGCAUUCAAAGGGUUUGACCAAGCACACCACUCCGCCAUGCCUACCUCGGCGGUGGCCUUCGACGUGGAGGAGGAGCCUCGGCGGGGCACCUCUCGUGCUAACAGCGUUCGCUUUGAUGAGAGCGCCAUCCACGGGUAUGGCCAGGCCAAUCGCUCCAGCAAUGAAUUGCCUCCCCGGACUGGCAGUGGUCUAAGCAGCCAUCCACUUCUCGAGCGGACAGCUUCUCACCAGUCCGACGGUGGUCACUCUCACCAUUCUGCGCGGACCAACAGCCUGCGUCUGAACACUGGCCGUCUGGGCGGGUUUACCUCACUCGAUUCCCCGUUGAUCCCCCCGCCUGGACUCUUCUUGCUUGGUCCUGUACCUUCUAUCAUUCGCUGCUGGAUAAGUGACGACUUCACCAAUGCCUCUUUGCUUUACGCCGCAGUUUGCUCUGGCUCUUACGUCUCAUACUUGAGCUUUGCAUUGAUCCGCAACCUUGGGAUGGAGGAUAUGAUCAGUCACGAGGAUGAUGUCUCGUUAAUCAAGCUCCCGGUUUACCUCCCCGAGGCCCUCAUCCAUCAAGCUUCCUCGCGCCCCGGUACUCCUAUUCACCAAGUCCCUGCUGUGACUGUCCGUUUCGUCGUUCGACAGGUUGAACCCAUCGACGACACCAUUCAGAUCAUCAUUGGAAGUGACGUGUUGCGCGCCCACAAUGCCGAUAUCCGGUUUUCACUUGACAAGUUGAUUAUGGUGGAUGAUGACCGCAACCGCGUUUCUGUCCCCCUCGUGCGUCCCGAGAAGGACUCCGUCUUCAAAACUCUGUGCACUUCUCCCAGUACCUGCACCCAGGAUCAGCUAGGAAGCCAGACUAACGGACAUGCUGCUCCCGGUGUCAUUCGCCCUCCUCCUGGCCUUCCCCAAAUCCCAGCCUCCACUCCUUUCUCUGCUAGACCACCAGUCAGCGAAGAUGGCGAUGCUCAGAAGCCACGGAUCCAGGGUGAACACGGCGACGAGUCCACUCAGGCCGGAGCACGCGGGACUGCAGCCAACACCCAGACUCCCGCAGCCCCCAGGACCGAUAACAUGCCCCCCUGGACUUCCUGGAGACGCGAGACAAAGAAGACAGCCAAGGUGCCUGAUAAGCGCGAGAUGAAAGUCUUCCGAACCGUCAAAUCCAACGUCCGCGCACACCCCUCCGCUCCUAGCAGCACCACAGGCGAAAUUGCCGAAAAGCCACAUUCCCACGUCGCCAGCCAGUCUACCUCCUCCGACAAAGAUGCCCUCAACCCAGUUGGGGGUGCCUCGGCGUUUGGAUGGCUCAACCCCACCCAGCGCGGCCCAGCCUAG